AUGACGAGAUGUUGGUUGACUAGUGUUAGAGGGUUUUCUACUCGAUUGCGGUAUCAUCUGCAAUUGAGAAUGUGUAGCUUUGCAGAAACACAUAAUACAUCUAGUCUUUCAUUGGCGAGUGAGGUUAUCCACAAUGAUAGCCAGACGGGAGAAAAACGACAGAGUCGUAAACGUUAUUCUGCAGCAAAUACAAAAGGACGAUCAAAACACAUACAAGAAAUUAUUCUCUCAUUGAAAUCUAGUCCAAAAGAUAAAGCGAUCAGCUUAUUUGAAAAAAUGCAUCCUCGUGAUAAAUUGGAUAUUUUGCGAACUCUUUCUCAACGUCGUGAGCGCCGAGCUGGGGGCCUCCCUUCUUAUAAAAGUCAUCUCUUUGAGAGACGUUAUUUUUUCAAGGAAGAUGAUUUGUGUGAACAAAGCACACUUGGUCGUGGACCUGGUGGCCAAGCAACGAAUCGAAGAAUGCAAACUGCAAUAAUUAAACAUAUACCUUCAGGAAUUAUUGUAAAGUUUAGUAAAUUCCCCUCGUAUUGGCUUAACAGGAGAGCAGCACGAGAAAUACUAAACUUGCGUUUGGAGGAAUAUUUAUUAGGUUCAAAGUCCAGACUGGGUCGUAUAAAGCGACAAAAAGAGAAGCAAAGAUUGUAUCGAUUUCAAUCGAGGAGAAAAAUGGUAGAAAAGGGUAGCAUUAUGGUGGCAAAACUGUCUCAGCAACAUGAGUAUUACGCAGUUCUUACCGGUACAAAACCUUUUCCUCCACCUGUUUUGUUGCAACUUGGUGUCAGUAAUACUGAUAAGACUCUCUUUAUUUCGAGUCUCUUUGAGGAGGAUUGUGGUAAAUGGUGGCCUAUGUUAUCAACAGCAUUUACCAAAGUAAACACCGGAGACUCUAUUAAAGAGAACAGUAAUGAUUAUGAUGAAAGUGAGAUAAAUAAUCUCAAGGUGCCAGAAUUGUUUCGUUAUGUAUUUCCAGUAAUUUAUUUUUCUUCAAAGCAGCUAACCUCAGUAGAAAAAUGUGAAUGGAGUGAAUUAAAAAAAUCUGCUAAUGAUGAGGUAGCGAUGCGCAAUGUAAUACGAGGACUUCACUGUUUUGUUGAGAUGUUUGGCCUUCAUUUGAGUGUUAAGUCUUCUACUAACCGCAGCGGGAGUUGUAAUUUAGUGCUGGCACAGGAUGGUUUAAAUUGGUAUGAACUUAGAGGGCGAAUGGUGUCAUCCAGCGAAAGAAUGACUCCCUUGGCACUUAUUUGCUUUGCUCACUUGGCAUUAAGUCUCACACAGCUACGACGUAAAAAUGAAGUAAACGCUAUAAUGAUGUUCUUUCGACGUGAAUCCAAGUUGGGUGUGAAAGCACAAUGGGCAACACAUGGAUUAAAAACCAUAGAACGUUUCAUUGAGAAUCACAAAUCUUUUCAAUCUGAUUAA